AUGAAGUGCAGCCUGCCGGACCAUGGCAGACGAGACGGAUGCAUGGCUGCGUUGGCUGAGGUGAUAUGGCCGGUGUGCGUGGAUGGGUACUGGAUCAACGGGGUGGACGUGUGCGAUUUGUUAUCGGAGCGUACAUCUCCGACUCGGGCGGCGUUGGUUAGUGCUUUGGGCUUGCUGAAGAGUUUGCCGGACACGGCCUUAGUGUUGUGUGCGACGGAGUUGGAAACCGAUCGGCGGGACCGUGCCUUCGUGACCCGGGCUUGGGCGCAGUUGCUGGAUGAAAGUCCGUUGUUGGAGACGUGUUUGCUCGUCUCCGUGGCGGACUUUUUACGACAGGAAGCGUUGACAGCAGACCACCGUCUGACCUCCCGCAAACCUCGCCAACGCGCCGCCUUCGAACGUGACGUCGCACACUGGGUACGCAGAUUCGGCUCCGUCGUUCACGCAGCCCGAGCCACUCCCGGUGCCACGGCCCUCCGAGUGCCUCAAUGCCUCAAGAACCGUCUAGAUGACCUCUCUCCGGACAAGCCGGCCGACCGGUCCAAGCUCCAGCGUUGGACACGAAAAAAGCGACAAAAGGUCAUAGGCGAAGAGGAAAAGGCCGAACCUAAAAACCUCGAGGACUUGACUGCCAGGUACUGGAAACGUGUUCUCAUCAACGACUGUGGCCAUUUCGUACAACUUCCCACUGCAGCGACACCGCAACGCGCAACCUACGCCGUUUCACGACGCCGAGUAGCCACUCACAUCGCUGAUGACCACCACGACGACACACACACUCACCUUUUAUCUGCCGAACGACUCUUCUGGAAUGGAGAGUAA